AUCAUUAAUGGGCCUUAUUCCAAGCCCAACCCAAUCAGACUCACACGGUGACAUUCCUUCCAAUUUGUAAAGCGAUUAGUCUUGUAUUGAAUGGUGAAAUUUGUUUGACAGUAAAACAAUGGUGCUGACCAACUUUAAGGGAACUGGUGUUGGUGUUGGUGCUGGCAUUGGCUGUGGAUUCGGUAUAGGAUGGGGUUUCGGAGGCAUGCCUUUGAAUUUCUUGGGUCUUGGUGUAGGUGGCGGCUGUGGGAUUGGAGUAGGCCUCGGAUGGGGAUAUGGCGCUGCCUAUGGUAGCAAGUACAGGAACUCUAGAGUCACAUUUGAAGGUCUGGAUUUUGUCAAUAAAGAGCAUAGUGAAGAAAAAGAUUCAAAAGAUCUUGCCAAAGGCACUCCUCAAGUUGCACGACACAAGUCAAAGCAAGAUUGUUGGAUCAUCAUCCAUGGCAGGGUAAUAGACGUAACUAAGUUUCUGGAAGAACAUCCUGGAGGAGAAGAAGUGUUGAUUGAAUCAGCUGGAAAGGAUGCAACUAAAGAAUUUGAUGAUAUUGGGCAUAGUAAAGCUGCCAAGAACUUUCUCUUCAAUUACCAGAUUGGAUGUCUUCAGGGCUGUAAAAUCCAAGAUGAUGAUAAUUUGUUUAUGGAUUCCUUCAAAGAAUCAAUAAAGGCCAAAGAAAUGGAAGCUUUUGUGAUCAAAGAGGAUCCCAAACCAAAGUACCUGACUUUUGUUGAGUACUUUGUGCCUCUCUUGGCUGCUGCAUUGUUUCUGUAUUAUCGAUAUUUCACUGGAGCUCUCCAGCUUUGAACUCCCAGAACAAAGGGAUUAAUCAUAUGAUUUUCAUUAGUAAUUUAUUUGUUUGUGUUUUUAUAGAAGUUCAAUGGUGACAAAUUGAGCAGAUAAGCUACUAUGAAUGUACUUACUACUAGUUUUUCUACUUGCUAAAGAAACAAUAAACAAGUCAAUCUGUGCUUAAUUUGUUUGGACA